AUGUCGGACACAGAGGCCCCUUCGAAUAAGGCACCCGCCGUAGAGGCAGCGUCGACCGACCGACCGCUAACCAACAAAGAAAAGCGACAGUUGGCCGUGGCGCAGAAGCGAGAGGCCAAGGAGCAGGCAGCUGCGCGCAAAGUGGGCAAGUCUGCCACCGAUGGCGAAUCCGCCCCCUCAGGGCAGAAGCGUAAGCACGACGCUACCGACGGUGGUGCCACUGAGGACGGCGAUGAGGCCGAAGAAGAAGUGGAAGUGGUCUCGCACAAGGAGCUACGCCGACGCAAGAAGCAGGCCAAGCUCGACGCGCUGUCCGGCGCUACCACGGGCGGCGACGGCGACGAUGACGCCGCGCCUGCGGAUGCCAACGCGCUCAUGCAUCCCUCGCGCGCUGCUUCGGGCAACAACGCCGCCGCUCAGCCGCGCUCCGGCUUCUCAAUCUGGGUGGGCAACCUGUCAUUCUUCACCGCACCCGCCAAACUCGUCGACUGGUUCAACCAGCGCGGCAUCGACGGCAUCUCGCGCGUCAACAUGCCCAAGGGCAUGCGCAGGGCCGAAAUGAACAGGGGUUUCUGCUACCUCGACCUGCCCUCGAAAGAUAUGCUCGUUGCGGCGCUCAACCUGUCCGAACAGCCGCUGGAUGGGCGCAAGCUGCUCAUCAAGAACGGCAGCGACUUCACGGGGAGGCCGGACAUUAAUACUAGUGCCUUGGGCAUCGCAAGGGGGCUCCCAAGCGCCACCACCUCGCUGCACACCCGACGCGAAGAUGAUGACGACGAUGAGGAGGAGGCAAAGACGGCAGAGCGGGAAGUGAAUGGUAAGGGCGGAGACGCCGAGACGGCGGGGGAGGAGAGGAAGGGCAAGACUGGUUUGACCAAGACCGCGCAGAGGAUCUUACGCGCGCAGAAGAACCCGCCGAGCAUGACGCUCUUCCUGGGCAACCUGAGCUUCAACACCACCGAACAGGGCGUUCGGGACUUGUUUGACCAUUCGGCGACCAAGCGCAAUCCCGCACCCAAGAUCAAGGCCAGCAAAAAGACCGAGCGCAAACCCAAACGCAAGUCUUCCGCUUCCUCCUCCUCCUCUUCCUCUUCAUCAUCAUCAUCCUCCGAUUCCGACGACGACUCCGAUUCUGACUCGGAUGCUGGAUCCGACGCACCCAGCAGCAGCAGCAGCAGCAGUGAUUCCGACGACGACAAGGACGAGUCAACACCAGCCGACAAACCCAAAGCGCCCUCGCAAGGCGAUGUGACCCCCUCGCCCGCCGGGAUCCGCAAAGUGCGCCUGGGCACGUUCGAAGACGCGCCUACCAAGUGCAAAGGUUUCGGCUUCAUCGACUUCCACACGGUCGAGCAGGCGACAGCGUCGCUCAUCGACGCGCGCAACACGUUUCUCGAUGGGCGCAAGAUCCUACUCCAGUACGCCUCGGCCGACGCAACGCGCAGGGGCGCGAGCAAAACCAUGAAGACGGUCAUCGCCAACAAGCGACCCAACGAACUCCGGGUUGGCUUCCAGCGCAACAAGCCCAAGCGCACCUACGGAGCUGCGGGAGAGGGCCCAGAGGCGAGCGACGAGGCGAGCGCGCCCGUGCCCGGCUCGUUCGACCCGGACGCGCCGCUCCCCAAGAAGCACAAGGAGACCAAGGAGGAGCGCAUGGCGAGACGCGCCGGUGGUCCCGGUGCGGCAAGACCGGUGGCGAGGAGGGCCAAGCCAGGCGCAGCGCUGGCGAAUGCGCAGAGAGCGAACACGGGCAUUGUCCAGAGCACAGGUACCAAGGUCACUUUCGACGACUGA